CAGAGAGGGGCUGCAGCAACAGCGAGAAAGAGAGAGAGAGAGAGAGAGAGAGAGAGAGAGAGAGAGAGAGAGAGAGAGAGAGAGAGAGAGAGAGAGAGAGAGAGAGAGAGAGAGAGAGAGAGAGAGAGAGAGAGAGAGAGAGAGAGAGAGAGAGAGAGAGAGAGAGAGAAGUGGAGCGGUGAUGGUCCAUCAACUGACAUUAUUAUUUUUCAGCUAAAUGUAAAUAGGCUACCAAUCAGAGUUGGAAAUAAUUGGAAAGCAAUAGAUAACGCUGACAAGUGCUACCCAGUUUUUUGUUGCACUCUUACAGUACAGCAGCUUCUCUCGUGUUUUUUGCAUUUAUCCUCUAUUGGCACGCGGGAGAAAGAGGCGCACUCUGCAGGGUGCUUUCAGCUCGCUCCUCCGUCGUACGCGAGCCUCUGAGAGGGAGCUAUCCAGUGCUGAAGUUGCAUUUCUUCCCUUCGCAAGACACGGCGUUGCAGGUAGAACAGAGAAACCUAAGCACUACGGGUUGGCUGGGGGUUUGUUUGACUGACUGGGUGUCUGAUACUCUACGCAGCCAGGCAUCCAAAGCUCAGACUUAAAUAUCCAGCUCUACAUUGGCGUUGCAUGAGGACAGUAACCCUGCCCUGGACGGUUGUUGUUUCGGUGCAACACCAGAAACAUGCCAAGGUCUUUCCUGGUUAAAAAGGUGAAGCUUGAUGAUUUUUCAUCCAGUGAUUUUGAGAGUUCUUAUGGACGAUCCAGGACCGACGUCAGUCUACGGAUUCACGAUAAAGGGUACAUUAGUGACUACAUCAGCCCGUCUGUCUACGAUGGAGAAAGCGACGGUGCCAUUAAAGUUCCCUCUCCGGAGCCACUCUACGAUGGAAUCCACAGCGACUACGGCGCCCCAGACUCGGACCAGCCUGACAGUCCGCAGUCGGACGUCACCUCCGGCUACAUCAACGGGGACACCGCGGUGAGUGAUUGCUACACGGUGGACGCGUUUUACAUCACGGACGGGAGGUCACGGAGGAAAGUAAUCAGCAGCCCCAGUAGCAGGAGCAUACAGCGUCACACAUGCAACGAAUGUGGGAAAACCUACGCCACGUCUUCCAACCUGAGUCGGCAUAAGCAGACCCACCGGAGCCUGGACAGCAAGAUGGCCAAGAAGUGCGCAACCUGUGGGAAAGUGUACGUGUCCAUGCCAGCAAUGGCCAUGCACCUGCUCACCCAUGACCUCAAGCACAAGUGUGACAUCUGUGGCAAAGCUUUCAGCAGACCUUGGCUACUGCAGGGCCACAUGAGGUCACACACGGGUGAGAAGCCCUUUGGGUGUGCACACUGCGGAAAAGCGUUCGCCGACCGCUCCAACCUGCGCGCGCAUAUGCAGACUCACUCCGCUUUCAAGCAUUUCAAAUGCAAACGGUGCGACAAGACCUUCGCUCUCAAGUCCUACCUGAAUAAGCACUACGAGUCCGCGUGCUUCAAAGGCGCGUUCUCGCCCUUGAGUCCUGAUCUCGAUGACUCUCCAUGACGUCCACAUUAAAAGUGCAGACAAAAACAUUAUAUUUUUGGUUGACUAAUUCUGCCAAACCUUUCCUAAAAUCCACCUCAACUUCCAGUGGAACCACAAUAAUAGCACAAUAUUUAUGUAUUCUCCUUGAAAUCCACCCGAAGGAAUUACUGAUGAUCUUCGCAUGCACUUAAAAAAUCCUCUUCCUCCUCCAGUCACGUGGAUAGAAUAUACCUUCCACCGCGCGUAAAUAUGAAAUCAUAUAUUUUGUAUGAAAUGUGAAAUGUGACGAAGAUGACAAUACUGGAUUGCUCCAAACAAAAGUCGAACAUUUUAACGUUGGAUAAUAAUGUACUGCUGCAACUGACCAUACUCUCCGUUGAGGUAAAUGCCAUUUAUGUUUGUAUUAAUUAAUUAAUCUAUUUAUUUAUGUAUUUAUGUAUUUAUUUAUUUAUCUAUUUAUACAUUAGGCUAUUUAUAUGUAUUUGUUUAUAUAUUAUGUCUGACAUAUUGGUCUGUUUUUAUUUGAUACCACUACCUAUUAUUUGCACUUUAAUGUGUGAAUUUGCCAACCUCUCAUGAACAGGCCAAAGCGUUGUCACUUAUUCUUCGUUUACUACCAUUUUAAAUUAUUGCAUGCAAAAAUGAAAUCUAUGCCAGUAUCACAAAGCUUAUGAUUUUUUUCUUCUCCAAAAUCUAGAUAGUAUCUGUUGGCAAUAUUUCUGUUGAAGCCACACGACGAAUUAUAAAGCAAUAAUCACGUAAUGCAUGGUAGUUUUGAAAAGGAUUAUGAACUAUUACCUACUGUAUAGCAGUUUUUAAAAUCAGGUAUGUUUUACUCCAGUACGCAUCUAUAGUUAUACAAAAAAAUACAACAUCAGGGAAAAUGCCAAUGUAGUGUUAGUGAAACAACAAGAAAACGACCACAUCCUCUUUUCCUCUAACGUCAUGCAUUGCCUGCCUCUUAUUUCAACAGUAGUGUUCAGACCGUAGGCUUGUAGUACUUCAGCUCCCAGCAUCUCAGAACAUGUAUCCAAAUCUACAGGGCACCCAUUAAGGUCAUACAAAGGUCAAACACCUUCUGGGUCCCCAAUGGCACCCUAUAUUCUAUAUAGAGCCCUAUGGGCCGUGGCCAAAUCUAGUGCACUAUAUAGGGAAUAGGGUGUUAUUUUGGGAUGAGAAACACUGGAACCCACUAUUGACUUAAGGUGGGCAAACUUUGCACUGCAUCCACACACAGCUUGAUGGACAAGAUGCCUUUCUUUAACCUCAUUGGUGUGCCACAGAUUUGUCUAUAAUAAAGCACUUCAUUUACACCUUAAAAAGUAGCACAAUGAACCUAGAGAUUCAGGUAGAAAAAACAAGAACUCGUAUUAGCUUGACCUCUGUUUUGUAUUUCCAAUAAAGAAUGAAUUAAUCAUAAUUUAUUGCAAGAGGCUUUGUAAAUAAUCCUUUGGAGUAAUCAUUUUUACAGCUGUAAAGAAUUAAACAAAACUUAUUUCAGGAGAUAUCUGGAGGGAAGAAAAUGUCCUUUCCAGUCAGCAUUCAAAUGAUGUAAGCACAAGACACAACAAGGCAUUGUCACCUCAUAA